AUGAAAUCGAGCAACUUGUCGCAGCGCAGUCUCGACUGCCCUUGUCGGAAUUUCUCGAGCUUGGAACGUAUUUCUCAAGUGCUCGCAUCGAAAAGCCAAACACAAACUCUGAUCGAUUGGUUGGCAGGGAAAAGCGACGAAUCUUCUUUUGAAGAACGACGACCUUUAUCUUGCAGCGAAAAAUAUCGCUGCAAGUUUCGCGCAAAUACUUCGCUAUUCAUAUUGAACGGAGUCCGCGAUGCUUGUCGGCCGUUUUUGGAGUCCGUUUUGGUCUCAAACGAAGGUCCUGCGAACCCGCGACCCUCUCCAAUCGUGCCGUACGAAGAUGCCUUUCCAACUUUACUUUCUACCCCUCCUCCAAAUCUGCCUUUUUCUUCCAAAAGCCUUCCAACACACUCUUUCCAAUAUGCUCGUUCAGCCACUGACAAAGCUGAGAAAUCAAAACCAAAGCGGCGUGUUCGACCUUUGACAAUUUCAACGUCCGGACCAUCGGCUUGGGGCGAAGGAAAUUUGGUGACUGCGUCACUGCCAGUCAGCACGACUUUGCAACAGUGUGAUGUAUGCCAUCCAAAACUACCGUUAGAAAUGCCAAUCCCUCAAGGUAAAUCAAUACCGAAGUCAGCGCGGUCUGGCGCCACGCGGAAAACACCGACAAAGCAAGAGAAAAGCGCCCACCAACGGAUGGAACAAACCAGCAUGACUGAGGUGCAAAGGCUAAUAGAAGUAUACUGUGAGCUGGUGAAGAGUGCACUCGUCCCCUCGACGGCGUUGGAGUUGCAUUUGCUGUGUCGUAUGUUGUCUGUUCCGAUCAGCGAUCUAUCGAAUCCUCAGAGCUUGCAGGAUUCCAGUUUUUCCUGUGUUUUCUCCUCAGCGACACAAUGUACAUAUUUUGCGAGGGAAUGUUUGCUUCGCUUGUCUGGUAUCCUCCGUGGCUACGGUAAAUCCUUUCUGAUAGAACUUGUUCGAUGCGCUCCAUUCCGUGUUCACCUUCCCGAUAUGGUUUCGGACUUUGAAGCACUCAUACGGCUCGACGCGACGCGUGUAGAUGCGUCUCUCGACUUUUCACCAAACAGCCAAAUCCCUUUGUUGACCCUUCCUUUCAAUGAGGAAAGAGACUCGCGACACAACUACAAGACUCGUGAGGAACAAGCCCUUUACAAGAACCGAGAGGAAAGCCGCGACGCAUUUCUCUACCAGUUUAGAUCCUUUUUAAAUGUGAGAGGGAAAUUAGUUGAUACAGGAGCCGCGGAAAAAGAAAUUAAGAAAAUCGAACGGUCUUCUCGAACUGUCGUAAACGGAGUGAUGGGCGACAACGUUCCUUGGUUUGCGGAUUUUUUUUGCGAUUUAUUGUUACAGACUGGUCUAGUACCUCUGCAAGAGACAGAUACAGACCUUCUUCGUAUCGCCGGUAAGGAAAAGCUCCAAAAACUGCACAAGCGCUUUGGAUCCAUGGUUCCUCUUACUGAAAAAAGUACCAAGAAACUCGUUGCCGAGCGGCACUUUAGAGAAUCUAUCCCGGCGGUGGCAGCACAGCAGUUCUUUCCUGGCCAUCAGGAGUUUUUCUUCCUUUUUCUUAUGUCCGCCGACUCCUUCAUCUUUGGUUUGCAUUUACGCCGAGUAUUGGCCCAGAAUAUUAAGAAACUCGCUGCCGCUACAACGGUAAGGGAUUUUGAAAGGCAGAUAUUGAAAAUGCAAUUGCUAGGUCGUUUUGUUGGUGUACUCUUCUUCGCUCCGAAUUGGGUUUCAUCGACCACAAAGCAACAAUCUCCGUCUGUACUUUUAUCAACUGCUCUGUGCGAAAUCUCAAUUGCUGGUUUACCAAUGCUAGAAAUGCUCGGUGAAGCGUGCCAAAAUGGUAACCUCGUGAGUUUCGUUCCAUGGGUGGUUGAAGUUCUUAAGAUGUCCAUCUGGGACAGAGGGGCGCGCAACAGUUUUGAGUACGCGAGCUCAUUUUUGGUAGCAUCGAGGCUAUGCUUGAUGAAGUUCUUGGUCUUGGACGGACCACGAGUCUAG